GGGUGGGGGGGCCAUUAAUUGUUCUCCACUUGCACUAUUUCCCUCCUCACAUAUUAUUGCACCCCCUGUCAGAGAAGGAGGCUGGUGGUGUUUUUUUGUGGAUUGUUACCCCUCCCUGGGGUACGAGGGGAUCCUGAAGACACCAGACUUGCUUUGGAGAGGUGGCUUUUAUUACCUGCCCUGAACUGGACACUUACCCUCCCCCCCUUGGGGGGUGGGGCAACAACAGAGGCCGUGACCCGCCUUGGAAUAGUUUGGGCAAAUCGUGGCCCUCAUUGGGGCUUCCCGUUGGGGAAGAAGCCCCCUCCCCUCCCCCACCCUUUCCCCUGUACUGAAUGGCUGCGAUGGCUCCUGCUCUCACUGACCCUGCUCCUGACGCCCGCAAUUUACACUUCAAGCUGGCGCCACCAUCGUCCUCUCUCCCGCUCGGCGAGACGAACGGCGGCUGUUUGCCCCCGCCUGCCCCUCCGGACUUGGUGACGACCUACAGCGCGAACCCCAGGAAGGAGCCUCUGAAACUGGCCGGGGUGUUCGCUCCGCGCUCCAUCCUGUCUCAGUCGCUUUGCCGGGGACGACCUUCCAUCUUGGAACUCAACCUGGAGGAGUUCAGAGGCAUUACCAGUUCUGGGAGAGGGACCCAGGGGGAGCCACUGAAUGGGUUGGCCAAGAAACCUACAAAGCCUGCAGUGGAAAGGCCCCCCAGUCUUGUCUCGCCGACCCUGGAACCCAUGGUCAAAGCCGCACCGGUUCCUUCCAGCCUACCUGCCGCCGUGCAGGAGCAAAAGGGAGCUCCCGGGGAGAUUUGUUCCCAUACUCGCCUCGAGAGCCUCCUACGGUGCCAUGGGGAAAUGGAGGAGCGCGCUCGGUGGCUUCAGAAGCGCCUUCGGUUGGUUCAGGCGAAGCAGGUGGAACGGCAUCUCCAUCAACAGCUUGGAGACUUGGUUGGAGCUGCUCUUGGCCAAAGCCCUCAGACCUCUCGGAAUCGACUCGCCGUGAUGACCCGCAAGGCCGAGGCUCAGCGCAGGGGGGAGGCCGGGGGCAGCGGCACCGAUGCCUUCCUGAAAGGAGCAGCCUUUGAACUAGAAAAGUUGAGCACUUCGGCCUCUGCGGCUCUGAGGGCUUGCGAGGUGGGCUUUGAUUCCGAUGCCACGGAGAGCAGCUCCGGUGGGGACUCUGAUAUUGAAGACGAGGAGCUGGGACGGGCGAACAGCCGGCAGAGCCACGUACCAUUGAAGCGGCGCUGCGCGUGGACCUGGGCCCAAGAGCGAGCCGAUGUGGUGAGCCGGUGGAACUGGCUGCAGGCCCACGUAUCGGAUCUGGAGUACCGGAUCAGGCAGCACACGGAUUUCUACCGGCAGCUACGAGCGGGCAAGGGCCAAGUUGUUCUUGGAGAUUCAUGUUCCUUGGAAACUUCAGAAAACUCUCAGCGCUCCCAGCCUCCAGACGCCAAACCCGCGGCGUCCGCCUCAUCCUCUCAGGACGCGGUGAGAACGGAGAGGGCAAAAACGCCUCGUACCAAAUCGCUGCAGAGGCCUCUUAAUGGAGUCGUAAAUAUCCUCCCCUCUGAGUCUUCAACUCGACGCAGCUCUCAAAGUCAGGAUUCCACCGGCAACAAGUCGACGGCGUCUGCCCCGGACGGAAGCUGCGUGUGCGCGAGGGCAAGGCCGCUUCUCGCCUGUAAGAGGAGGAGGGUUGUGAGACCAGACAGACUUCUGCCGCUUCACAGAAAGGCUCAACGCAGCGUCCCCAAGCUGUGCGACGUCUCCCCAUCAUGUGUAAUGUGUUCCAGUUUCCCGAAUCCCCCUCCGCAGUUCCCGUACGGCGACUCCUUGUGCGAGCGUCUGGCCCUGCUGGACCCCGCCAUCCACCCUGUACUGUCCUUCCCCGCCGACAUCCCGGCCAGUCUGCGAUUCCAGUCGCUUCUCCGCUCCCACAACAAACAGGACAAGGCCAAAUCCAACAAAAAGCUGAAACAGCGCCCUUCGAACCAGCUGCCGGCCACCCCGGAGAUCCUGCGGGGGGAUCGGGUUCCUGGUGGUCUUCACCCUCACAGGUUUUCUCUUCAUCGGCCUCAGCCGGAUCUUCCCCACAAGCAGCACUUGGACUUCCCGGUGCGCAUGCUGAAGUGCGAGAGGUCCUCCAUUCCUCGGCCGGAGCGCUCGACGUCUCUCACCACCCCCCAAACCAAGAAGCGACACUUUCACGAGAGAGAUGGGAAGCAGCACACGGACUCCCUGGCGCACAGUCCCGCUUUGGAGCCCGGCCUGUCCGGACGGCAGUCCCCGCUCAUGCGCCAGCCCUCGACGCCUUCUGAUGGUUCUGCGGGAUUCCAUUCGCAAGCCUCUCUUGCGACCGCCCGGAGAAGACGGACUGAAAGCUCCUAUGACAUUAACAAUAUCGUGAUCCCCAUGUCCGUGGCGGCCACUACCCGGGUGGAGAAGCUGCAGUAUAAAGAGAUCCUCACUCCCAGCUGGCGUGUGGUUCAUAUCACUCCCCUGACUCCAAACGCCGACAAAGAUGUAGAGGAGCUGGAAGAUCUCUCGGACGCAGCCUUCUCGGCGUUGCAUGCGAAGUGCGAGGACUCGGAGCGAGCGCGGUGGCUCACCAGCAGCGCUCCCCCACAGCGACGCGGCAGCAGAACUCAUCGGUCGUCUGAAAGCUCCAACCCGCCUCAGCCUUCGAUGAGCCAUUCCCUGAUGCUGCAGCCGCCGUCCCCCGACACCGGCAGCUGGCACGCCAUCCAAGACUUCUCGCCGCUCAGCCCCGACACCCUCUCCGCGCCGCCGACCCCCACGUCUCGAGACACGUCGCGCUUGCUUUCCGAGGAGACGCAGAGCUCCGUGUCAGACUCGGGACACGAGGAGAGCACUGUGCAGCCGUGGGAGAGGAGGCACUUCCCUCUUCCUCAUCACCCCAAACUGGACCCUUCAGGACCCAGCGAGCCCGUAGACUGGGGGGGGUCUAGGCAUCCGCGCAGAACAUCUUGCGGCUCCAGAACUGCCAAAGAACUAGAGGGACCUCCAUCCUCGCCCCCUUGCCCUCCCUCCAGACCUCGGCCCCAUCACAGAUAAGAUGGCGUGAGGACCGUUGGAAUUUAACCAAGACGAUUCGGCUUCAGAAGAGUCUUCUGUUUGAUAUUCAAACUUUAUCCCCAGGAAAAAAAAAAGCACCAGUUUCACAGUUUUUAGUGAAUUUAAUAACCUUAGAAUCCUAUUUUUCCCUUUCUUUUCUUUUCUUUGUUAAACAGAUGGGUGUAUGUAGGGGUGAGUAGUGCGUUGCUAGUACACAGCGAUGACCCUAAGUGGUUAAAAAGUGUGUUGGGGGGGAUUCUGUGUUCAUUAAGAGGGCGCCGUUGGUGGUCAUUAAAUCCGAUUAUGGC